CACAAUUCCGUCCGCGCGUCACCAGCAACAGCUAGGAUGUUGCGAUAUCACUGGCAGCCCAAAGAUUGCUGUGGUUGCAGAGAUUAGGCAGCGAAUGUUUUGAUAGAUGUCAAAUUCUGCGGUUUGUCGCCCGCAGCUCGAGUCGUAACAAACGGGCUUCGGCUUCCUGUCGACCGAGCGCGCGCUCGUCGGCGUUGACGGGAGGCUGCGUCGCGCUAGCUCCGUAGAAAUCACAGUUUUAUUGAAGAUGGAAGCAUUUGAGAUGGAUCGACGGGGCGGCUAUGUGGCAGCGGACGGCCGCUCCACUUGAAUGGGGAUGGAAAGAUUCUUUUCGGGCGACGCUAUUACACAAGCUGCACGUCGGAUACGUCGCACUCGGGAGCGUUAUCUUCGGAGGAUAACCUGGGUAACCUUACACGACAUGUCAUAGCGUAAGUAGCUAGCACUUAGCUAGCUCGGUAAUGGCUGGACGAGAUGGAGAAGGACCAAAUGUUACCAGCAGCAGCAGCAGCCGAGCAUGAACAGCUGGAUGGAUAGCCACAGAAACACUUCCUCUGAGAUGCUUUAGCCUCCUGCGCGGUGUAAUUCACUUACAUAACAGCUAGUCGCGAUCGCUCUAGCUACAGUAUCACCAACCGCCCCGCGUUGGCAAGCAAAUGGGAAAAUUGCCACUGAAAUCUGGGUUGUCUCGGCUUAAUCACAAGUGACAAAGGCACCGCUGCACGUUGCAGGCUGCACAUAGACUUUCUUGAAGCGUCGCAGUCGGACACGCUUUGUCAAUCGGUGCAGCAGUUCGGCGCGCAGGAAACGAGCAGCGCGUCCGCCACCGGAGACGCAAACGCACCUCCCGUCACCUCGACAGCAUGAGGAAGUUCUUUGAUUCUCGCCGGGAGUUGGUCAGCUCCGGGCCCGGUUCCGGAGGAGGCGGCGGCGGCGGGGGAGGCGGCGGCUCUGGGUCCAGUCACGCAGGCGGCAAUUUCGUCGGACGGAACUUCACUGUCGGGCGACACCAAGUCACUGUCGAGGAGGUUGUUGCAGAAGGUGGAUUUGCAAUUGUUUUCCUUGUACGGACAAAUCAAGGGGUGCGUUGCGCCCUGAAGAGGAUGUAUGUCAAUAAUGAGCACGACCUGCAGGUGUGCAAACGCGAGAUCCAGAUCAUGAAAGACCUUGUUGGUCACAAGAAUAUCGUGGGUUAUUUGGACUCCAGUAUCACAGCUAUGGGAUCCAGGGAUGUAUGGGAGGUUUUCAUACUCAUGGAUUUUUGCAAGGGGGGUCAGGUGGUCAAUCUGAUGAACCAGAGGCUGCAGACUGGCUUCACCGAGGCCGAGGUGCUGCAGAUCUUCUGUGACACCUGUGACGCCGUGUCUCGCCUGCACCAGCGAAAGGCACCUAUUGUCCACAGAGACCUCAAGGUGGAGAACAUCCUCCUCCACGACAAGGGUCAUUAUGUGCUUUGUGACUUCGGCAGCGCCACCAACCGGUUCCAGAGCCCGCAGACUGAAGGAGUGGCAGCUGUGGAGGAAGAGAUCAAAAAGUACACAACUUUAUCAUAUCGUGCCCCUGAGAUGGUAAACCUUUACAACAACAAGAUUAUCACCACAAAAGCAGAUAUCUGGGCGCUGGGUUGUUUGCUGUACAAGUUGUGCUUCUUCACUCUGCCCUUUGGUGAAAGCCAGGUGGCCAUCUGUGAUGGCAGCUUCACCAUUCCAGAUAACUCACGCUACUCUUAUGAUCUGCACUGCCUCAUUCGCUACAUGCUGGAGCCAGACCCAGAUAAAAGACCAGACAUCUACCAGGUGUCCUUCUUCGCUUUUAAACUAGCUCAGCGGACGUGCCCUGUUCAGAACGUGCAGAAUUCUCCAAUUCCUUCUAAACUUCCUGAGCCGAUCAAAGCGAGUGAGGCUGCCGCAGCGAAGAAGAGCCAAACAAAAGCCAGGCUGACAGAUCCAAUUCCCACCACUGAAACCUCCAUCACCCCUCGCCAGAGGCCCAAAGCAGCCCAUACCCAGCCCGCUGCUGGCAUCCUCCCCAUCCAGCCUGCUGCUCUCACUCCGCGCAAGCGGGCUAAUCUCCCUGGUGGCGCAGCUCAGCCCGUGGGAGUCAGCCUGGACCUCUCUCAGCCAGCUGCAGCUCUGCAGUCACAGAAGGCGCAGGCUUCAGCGCUGCCACUCAUCCAGCCACAAAACAACGCCUUUCAGGCUGCUGCUCAACAGAAGCUGCCAGCGGCUGCUCCAGGAGCAGAGGCUGCUGCAGCAUUAGUGUCACCAGUAAACAAGGCUGACAUUCAGCCACAAGCACAGUCCUCAGUCCAACAACAGACUACACCCCCUACCGGCGCCACCUCCCAGCAAGGAGCGCAGACUCCCUCCAGCCCGGCUCCGCCCCAGCGACCAGCAAGACGCAAGCAGCCCAGCCAGGCCCAGCAGGGGGCCGUUCAGCCUUCGCCCAGCAAACCGGCCCCCACUCCGCAGCAGGCGCCUCAGCCGUCAGCUGGCCAAGCUCCGCCCGCCUCCUCUGAGACCGACCAGAAGUCCGCCGAGAUGACUCCACCUGCUUCCCCAAAGAUGACUGAAGAAGGAGGCCACCGACGCACCCCAAGUGACACGGCGGCAAGCAAUGUUACUGAUGCUAACGGUGAUGCUGCCCUCAGCCAACAGACUAGUGUCAGCGAUGUGAUUCAGGACGACAGCAAAACUGGAGGCGCCGCCUCUAGUGGGGCCACAGACAACCCCACACAGCCUGCGUGGAACCCCUUCGAUGACGACGGCUUCUCCAACUUCACGGCUGCUGAGGAAUUUAAAUCUGAUGACACCAAGCCUAAUGAUGUACUUUCAGAGAAUGACACCUCCUCUUCAGAAGAGUUGAUUCCAGGUCUGCAGACCUCAGCUGUGGACAAUAAGUCCCAAGAAGCAGUGGAAAGACCAUCAGCUCUCCUUGAUGUGGAUUUAGGAGCCUCCCUGCUGGCUGUCCCCGAUCCCUUCCAUACCCUCGAGCUGUCGGACGCCCCAGAGAAGCUCAUUGAAGGCCUCAAAUCCCCAGACACGUCCUCACUCAUGCUCCCUGAUCUUCUGUCUUUGUCGGAUCCCUUUGGUGGUUCUGUGGAGGACUCUACUAAAGACCCGCUCACGGCAGACGACUCCCUCCUGAGUUGCUCCCUGAUCUCUGGUCUAUCCGUCCCUCAGGCAGCAAGCAGUGCCACCUCCUCCAUCUCCUCGGCCCCCACCUCUGCUGCCUCGGCUUUAGAUGAUUUCAGUCUGUUGUCUGGAGACUCGGCACAACCCAAAGCAGACUCAUCGCUACUGAUCUCAGACCUUGAGCCCCCGCCAGCCAGCGCAGAGGCAGGGACAGAGGACGAGUUUGAUCCCAUCCCCGUCACAGGCAGAAAGAAUUCUCAAGGAGGCCACUCGCGCAGUAACAGUGGCGGCUCUGAGUCCAGCCUGCCCAGCUUGGCCCGCUCCCUGCUGCUGGUGGACCAGCUCAUCGACUUGUAGGCGCUGCCCCCUCCCCCCGUAGAAGCUGUAAUACUGGAUUAUAGACUGGCAUAGCAUAACAGCGAUCAGCACUGUUGUCACGGCUAGCUUCCUGCAACCUCUGCCUGCCAUUUCCAUCGUAGUUCCUGCAGUAGAAGCGUCCUUUCAGUGCUUUGUCAUUGCUGCCCUCUCCAUCAGAUAAACUGCAUUAUCUGGUUUCUCUUCAUCUCUCAUCCCUCACUCAAAUUUUUCUUCGUUGUAGUCGCUUUACAUCUAUAGUGUUGUGUGUCUAUUAGUGCACUAACACCAUUUUUGUAAACAUUACACAUUACACCUUUUUGUCGAUCCGGAUAUAACAUUGCUAUCCAGUUUGUUGAAACAAUAUUGCAUUAUGUCUAAUAGUAAACAAUAGAAGAUCAUUGUUGUAGUGUGCGAUAUGCAUAGUUAAAGUGGUUGUAGUUAAUAUUGUGCACAAGUGUAUUUGUUGUUGUUUGCCUUUUUAAAAUUCCCUCCUCAGAUUUAUUUGCACAUUUUAAAGUGAAACCAUAAAAAGUCAGUUUGUUCCAUCUAUAUAAAAGGGAAAUUAUAUUUAAAGCUCCAUGUAGCUCGAUUUGCACAGUAGCAUAAAUGUUACAUCUGUUUGCCUUGGGCUGUUAGAUGCCGUAAAAUACCCUUAGACUGAAGAACUCCAUCAAAUUGAUUCACGCUUGAGACGCGACAGCCAUAAACACAACCUACGCCUCCGUUUGCUGCUGCUGCUCCGUCUGCACAGGCAUAUUAAGAAAAGCAUGAAGUGCCAUAAAAUGAUCGACUCUAAACUACUGACUGACUGGAAUUAGACACUAACAAACAUUUUAGAAAUUAUGUCCCAUCGAGGUGAACGUGCUUUUGAAAAAAAGUGUACUUUUAAAAUAUGGAUAUGUUCUCACUCCUUUUUUCCUCAAUUUUUUUAAUUGUAUGAAAUAUUAUUCCUAUAUUUAUGCAACCAGCAGGUGGCUUUGGGAUCUAAUGAUAACUUAAGGUCAUUUAAUUUAGUUUGUACAGUAGCAGUGUGCCAUACAGUACCAGUAGGAAAUGCAUGAAAACAAUUUGAACAUUCAAUAAUAAAAGCAAUUAGUAGAAUAACACACAAUAGCUGCUGUAUGGGGGAAAAAAACAUUCAUGAUUAUUCAAGUAGUUAGUUGGAGCUGACAGAAACAAACUAAUGUGGCAUUUAGAAGCUAAUUCUCAUCCUCUUGCGCUUGUUUAGAGUAUUACCACACACAUUCAUUCCGCAUUGUGGAGUCCCUCCUACAUUCCUGCCCCUGGUUUGCUCCUUCAUGUAAAUAAUGGUCUGCAGCUCCUGCAGACUCUCAUCCAGACCAUAGAGUUGGUUAAACGUUCCGUGUAUAUAUGAAGUCAUUGUCAUAAAGCUUUACUUGUGGAAAACAUAUUGCUUUACUUGUGAAAUAUGUCAUAUAUUCUGUAUAUGACACUAUAUAUAUAUGACAUUGUUUUCCUGUUAAUAAAUGUUAAUAUGAAUAGAGUGUUAGAGAAUGAAUGUAAGAGAUACAUAGUAGUCUAUAAUGAAAAUAUACCUAGAAUUCUUAUCGCCAUAGUCACUAAAUAAUAUUGGUGAAUACUCUACAUAAAGUAUACUAUAUAUAAAUAUAUAUAAAUAUAUAUAGGUUUUAUUCCUCUUGUGGAAUUGUGUGUUGGGAACGUCUUGUUUUUUUUUCUUGGUUUUAUCUACUCAAUAAUUGUCGGUACAUUAAAAUGUAUAGAUCCUAGUUUUUGUUCAGCCUUGAUGAAAAGGCUGAAUCCCAUGUCUUAUUCCACCUUUUGUGAAACGAAAGUGAGCCUGUGUUGUGCGUGUUUACAUGGACUGAUGAAGGAUUAUAUUUUUACUCUGAGCAUUUCACAGUUUCCUGGAGAGUGAGAGCGAAACCCGAGCUCUGUGUCUGAAAUUGUGCUUUGUCAAAGCCUCGUUCCGCUCCUAGUGAUUACCAAAUUCAUAUCGAAAAGCAUGGCAGUGUUGUCGAAUGUUCACGUGUGUUGGUAUACAGUGUUAUAAGUAUGUAUGUGUGCGUGUGUGGAGUCAGAAUUGUUGGAUGUGUUUUCUAGUAGCCUACUUGUAUUGUUUGCUGCGAAAGCGACAGCGAUCAUGUUAUUAGAAACUCCUCUGAAAGCACAGACCCCUCUUAAAUUCUCUCAGGUAGUCCGAGCUACAUCACUCUAUCUGAGAGGCAGACACAUAUUGGGUUACUGCUUCCUAAGUGUCCCUGUCCUCUGGAAGUCUGUGAUCCGUGUUGCGGUGGCGUGUGCCGGGCUCUGUGGCGCGGGGGAAAGGGUUGAUCUGCCGGUCUGAUGGUGCAGACACAACAGCGGUGCUGUGCUGUAGCUGCGCACUGGUUUUCACACAGCAGGGAGUCCAGGGUUUGAAAAAUCUGCUCCAAUUAGCAAUAUAAAUGUUUCUGUAGGAUCAAACAAGGUCAUGAUGCUUCCCGUUCAUGGUGACGGUGGGAAGACAACCUCCACUUCCUGCGCUUUCAUUAUGUUUGAGUAUCACACACGGUCUGUGUAUUGAGAAGUGGAAUUACUCUGGAGGUGAGACGGAUGGAGAAUUCUCCAUCUUGUACUGUUCAGCGAGGCUUCUGAACAUAUCAGUUUUUGUGCCGUUUCAGUGUCAACGUUUGAGCAGAAAGUUAAAAAUUUGACUUUUUUCAUUAAAAAAUAAAUCAACUCAAAAGCGUUGCUGACCUUUUAGAGCUGAGCGUUUACUGUAGGUACUGCAUGUGCAUCUGAAGGCUUGUGUUUUUUUUUUUUUUUUUUUUUUUUAAUCAUCCUCUUUACGAUCCUUCCACUGAACAGCUCAGUCAUUCGCAGUUACUGUUUGAACCUAUGCAACUCCCGAGCUCUCUCCCUGUGGCCGCCUGCGUGCUGUUGUGAUCGGCAAAGCCAAACGGGUCAUGAGAUUAGUCCCCGACGUGAAGCAGAAGCCCCUUGUUCUCUCUGUUGUUUCGCCAAAAAUGAAAACUGUCAACUAUCUGAUACUAUUGAGUGUUUUGAGACGCCUCUUGUCUUUAUGGCCUAAACCUGCGUGAUAUUGUGUGCUCCUUCUAUUUUUGUGAGAUAGUUAAAGAAUUCAAAAGGGGUGGCAAAUAAAAUGCAAAUGUCAAUGUCA